UGUUAUGUUCAUACAUAUAUACAUAUACAUAUCCAUGUAUGUUUGUUCUUGUUCUGAUGUUUGUGUAAAUGUGUGAAAUUUUGUUGAUAAGAUAAGAUAGUUCCAAAUUUAAUUGUUUUUGUUCGAUGUCGAUUCAUUUUCAACCAUACAUAUUAUUUAUGUAUGUAUUAAAUUGCAGUGCAAAUGGUUUAACAAAAAUUUUUGUUGUCGCUCAAAAUUUGAAGGAAACAUAACAAAGCACACGAUGUCCACCCACGCCGAAAAGGAGUAUUAUCGCAUGAAUGUGAGCGUUAAUAAAGCGCUCAAUGGCAUAGAAGCACCAUUGAAAACCAAACAUGCCCGUUUUAUUAUCAUUAUGAUUCAUAAAACCAAAGAAGUAAACUCGUUUUGGAUGAUUGUAUCCCGGCAGCCGUUGUUGGAGAAUAGAUUUACUGCCUGGAAAUUCUGCCAUCUUCUGCAUAAGGUCCUAAGAGAGGCACAUGGUUGCAGUCUGAAACAUUCUCAGAGUCGCAAGAAAAUGAUUUUAGAAAUGGGCAAACUGUGGGGACACUUGCACGAUGAUAUUGGAAAUUGUAUUAAAGAAUACUGCAAACUUUUGGUUACCAAACUAAAUUUCCAUGACAAAAAUAGAGGAUUUCCCGGAUCACUUGUCAUCUCGAUGUCAGAAAUAUCGAAAUUUGCCGACAAGGACUUAAACUACUAUUUUCAAUUGUGUGUGGAAAUCUUUGACUAUUUGGAGGACAUUAUUUCUGUACAGUUGGCAAUAUUUUCUACAAUCAAUACUUAUCGAUUAUCAUCCAUGACACUGCAGGGACAAUGCAGACUGGCACCAUUAAUAUGCUUAAUUCAAGAUUCCAAUCCACUAUAUGAUAUUAGCGUUAGGCUCAUGUUUAAGCUCCAUGAAUCGUUGCCCAAUGAUGUUUUAAGUGGUCAUAGAGAUCGGUUCUAUGCCAUAUUUUUGAAACUAAAAGAAUUUUAUGAUAACAUUCGACCACUUCAGUAUUUUAAGGAUCUUAUUACAGUUCCUGAAUUGCCACAGACAAGCCCCAAUUUCCAAUCACAAGUUGAUUUCGGUAGUUAUAUACCACCUGUUGUAUUCGUUCAACCCGAACCCGAACCAGAUGUAGUAGUUGAUGAUCUUGUCGACACCAACAACACCACAGAGGAGGUCAAUAAUGAGGCAUUGACACGUAUUAACAUUCUGGAAUCCAUUAUAAACGACAAGGAUAUGACUAUCGAGGCACUUAAAUCAAAAUUGGAUCAAUUUCAACAAAAUUUUGUAGCUCUAGAGCAAAAUUAUAAUCACGAUGUGGCGCAACUGCAAAAGCAAAACGAAAUACUAACAAAUGAUCUGGAAUUAUCUCAAGAUCAGUGUGAUAAUUUACGAUCACAGAAUGAUGAUCUGGAGCUAAAACUCACAGAUAACCCGAUGUUAAUUCAAAAAGCAAAUGAAGAGGAAGAAAAACAAAAAAUGGCUUCAGAAAAAUUCAAUAAACUUAAAACUAUGUACACUCAAAUUCGUGAUGAGCACAUAAAUCUAUUAAGAGAGCAUAGUGAGUCAACCAAAAAUUUAACGAAAGGAAAACAAGCAAACUCUGAGCUAUUAUUGCAAAUAGAAGCUCUUACUAACGAUAUGGCUGGACUAAAGAAUAAUAUAGAGGAUAAGAAUAAAACUAACUUUGAGCUGUUGCAGCAAAUUGAAGAUCACAAGAAAAACAAUUCCCAAAUUCACUCUGAGCUGUUAUUGCAAAUAGAAGCUCUCAAUAGUAAUAUAAAGGAGUUAAGAGAUAAUGUAGAGGAUAAGAGUAAAAACAAUUUCGAGCUGUUGCAGCAAAUCGAAGACCACAAGAAACAGAAUUUCGAAUUGGAGACUACUAAAAACGAAAUAAUACAAAAAUAUGAUAGUAUUAUGCAAGCAAAAGAGCUACAAAAUGUUGACUUAAAGUCUGUGGAAACAAAAUUAUCUGAAAAUUCGUUGGAACUCAAACACGUUUAUGCAUUGCUUGAGGAGGCAAAACAACAAAUAUCUCAAACUGAGGAGAAACUACAUUCAAAGGAAACUGAGCUAAUAAGUAAUCUUAAAACCCAUGAAGAACAAUACAAAUUACUUUUAAGUGAAAAUGAGCAGCAGAUUGUAACUAAUAAAAAAGAAAUUGACGAUCUAGGCAUUAAAUUAAACGAAACGGAAAGCAGGCUGAAAGAAAAAGAGAAAAGCUUCCAGGAACUCGAAGAGACUAUUCUAUUGCUGAAACAGGAAAAACAAUUAAUGAGCCAACAUUCCAUUGAACUGGAAAGCAAACAGAAAGUUGUCGAAGAGGAAUUGGGACAAGCUUUGAUUCGAGUUGAUUCUCUAACAAAUUCGAAUAAAACAACUGAUGACACUUUGAACAAAGUGAAAAUGCUUAUAAUUCAUACAGUGGAAGAAAUUUGCAUUUUAAAAUCGAAGGAUUCAUCACAACAACCACUUGAAGCUGUACCAAAAAUAACAUUAGAAAUGGAAACAAUUCUUAAAGAAAUUCAAAGCGUUUCCGAUAUUCUAAGUAAUACGAAUAUAGAAAGUUUGAAAUAUAUUAUGCACUUGGGCUACGUGUUCGUCAAGCUGUAUGAGCAAUGUAAUCUAAUUUAUAAUUCAACAACAGAAUUUGAGAAGGGUCAAGACAUCUUUAAUAAGAUAAAGUCCUUGGGCUCUGAUUUGUCAGUGCUUUUCAAGUGCGUUCAAAACGGUGAUUCAGAUGAACGCAAAAAGCGUGAAACGAUCCAAAAUAUUCUAACUAAAUUGGCCGACUUGAACAAAUUGGUUCGCGAAAUUCUCGACAAAUAUGAAAACAAGGUCGACUUUGAUAAGCUGGUUGAAAAAGAACUACAAGAAAUGGAUCUGGCAAUUGAAGAUGCGGCAGCGAAAAUUACUGAUUUACUCGAGAAAGCUCGCGAGAAAGACGACAAAGUGAAUCUGGAAGUAAAUGGAAAGAUUGUGAAUGCCUGCACAACAUUAAUGGAAUGUAUCAAAAUCUUAAUCAUAAAAUCCCGUGUACUUCAGAAAGAAAUUGUUUCCUCUCAAAAAGGCAACGCUAGUGUAAGCGAAUUCUAUAGACGGAAUACUCAAUGGUCAGACGGUUUGAUAUCGGCAUCAAAAAGCGUGGCAAAGGCAGCCAAUUUUCUAGUGGACGCCGCCAAUAAGGCCAUUGAAAGUGAAUCUGGCCAAAAUUUUGAACUUAUUGUUGCCGCCCAAGAAAUCGCAGCCUGUACCACACAACUGGUAAUCGCGAGCAAAGUGAAAGCAAAUCGUGAGAGUACAAAUUUGGCGGAUUUGACUAAAGCAUCUCGAAAUGUAACCAAGGCUACUGGCACUGUCGUUGCCACAGUAAAAGAUUGCAACUCUCAAUUGGAGCAGCGAAUUGAAAUGGAUUUACACAAACUAACGCCAUCGCAAAUAAAAACUAUGGAAAUGGAAAUACAUGUGAAAGUGCUGGAAACAGAACAAGCUCUUCAAACGCAACGUAUGAAACUAUCCGCAUUUCGACGAGAGCAUUACAAGAACACAGAGUAUUAAGUUGAUUGUAUAUUCCUAUAUAUAUAUAUAUAUAUAUAUAUGUAUACACAAUAUAUGUAUAUUUAUCAUUUAAGUAUCUAUUGUUUCUAGGAAUAUGUUUAUAGAAAUUAAAUUAUAACUGUUUUUAUAUUAUGCAUUUCCUG